AUGGAAAAACAGCUGUUUCUUAUUCUUCACUCUGCCCUCUUGUGGUGGUGGAGCUCAAUCACAAUCUUUGAAGCAUACUUGCAAAACCAAACAGAUCUACUUACAUUAGCCUCCUUCAAAAACGCAAUACACAAAGACCCAUUUAGAGUCUUGAGCUCUUGGAAUGAUUCUACUUAUCAUUGUGAGUGGCAAGGUGUUUUGUGCAGCAGAAGACAUCCUGGGAGGGUCACAUCCCUGGACUUGAGAUCACAAGGCUUGGAAGGCUUACUAUCUUCUCAUGUAGGUAACCUCUCUUUUCUGAGGAUCCUAUUUUUGCAGAACAACAGCUUUCAUAGUGAAAUCCCACCACAGAUUGGCAACUUGCUUCGGCUUCGUGUUCUUGUUCUUAGUAACAACUCAUUUGGUGGGCCGAUACCCUCUAAUCUUUCUCGCUGCUCGAAUCUCGAGACCCUGAAUCUCAUAGAUAAUCAACUUGUGGGGGGAAUUCAUUCUGAUCUUAGUUCUUUAACAAGACUCAAAGGCUUGGGCUUGGCUAAGAACAGUCUCGUAGGUCCUAUUCCUCGUUCAAUUGGAAACCUCUCGCUACUACAAAAGCUCUCCCUGAGAGCAAAUGUGUUAAGCGGAGAAAUACCCGAAGAAUUGUCCAAACUCAAGAGAUUGACAUUUUUCGCGCUAUCUUCCAACAAACUAAUCGGUGAGGUUCCAGCGGGGCUUUUAAACAUCUCUGACAUUGUUUCAUUUGAUGUUGGUGAUAACCAGUUGCGGGGAAACUUUCUCAAUGAUGUCAGCAUCGCUUCUCCUUCUCUCUAUCGCCUUCACGCCUAUGUUAACUUGUUCACCGGGAUGAUUCCGUCAGCGUUAACGAAUUUCACAGGCCUUGGAAUGCUUAGCCUUGACCAGAACAACUUCCACGGGCCAAUACCCAAAAAUCUAGGAAGGCUAAAGGGCCUUUAUAAGAUUACAUUGAGCUAUAACCAAUUGCAGGAUGACUUGAGUUUUAUCUCUUCUUUAGUUAAUUGUUCCAACUUAAAUGCUAUUGACAUGCAAGGGAACUUGUUUCACGGAUCGUUGCCGAGAUCCUUCUCCAAUCUCUCCAACAGCAUUGAGUGGAUUUUUAUGUCAGACAAUCAGAUCCAAGGAUCUAUACCUUUAGCCCUCAGAAAUCUUUUCAACUUGUCUUUCUGGGAUUUAAGUAAUAAUUUUCUAACUGAUUGCAUUCCUCAUUCCAUCGGAGCACUUUCCAACUUGCAGAAACUUGGUUUAGGCGGGAACAGGUUAACUGGAGAGAUACCGUCUUCGAUUGGUAACAUUACAUCAUUAAAUGCCCUUGACCUUUCCUCCAACAUUUUCCAAGGCCACAUACCACAAAGUCUCGGCAACUGCAAGCAACUAAUUAUGCUUGAUCUUUCAGACAAUAACCUAAUUGGCUCAAUUCCUAUCGAAAUCAUGGGUCUUUCUUCCUUGUCGAUCAUCCUUAGUUUAGCAAAUAAUAAUUUAGGUGGAUCUCUUCCAUUGCAAGUUGGAUCUUUAAAGAAUCUUGGCAUAUUAGAUCUGUCUUACAACAGAUUGACCGGCUUAAUUCCAACGUCCAUCAGCGAGUGCUUGGUAUUGGAACGACUUUACUUAGAAGCUAAUUCUUUUCAUGGUCAAAUCCCCGAAGCUUUACGUCCAUUACAGGGUCUACAAGAGCUGGACCUUUCCAAUAAUAAUUUUUCUGGUCCAAUCCCGAGCUUUCUCGCAAGGCUCUUACUACUCAAGUACUUGAAUUUGUCCUUCAAUCAACUAGAAGGACAAGUUCCAGAGGGUGGAGUUUUUCUUAAUGCAAGUUCUGUAUCGCUUUAUGGAAAUACGGAACUCUGUGGAGGUGUUCCCGAUCUGAAGCUUCCUCUUUGCAAAUCGCCAAGCUCUAAGAAGUCUUCUUCAACCAAGGCCAGAGUAAUAUAUGUGGUAGCUGGCAGUUUGUCAUGUUUAGCUCUGUUGCUCCUAUGUUUGUCUAUCUUUUAUCGUAAAAAGAAGCAGACGACAACCAAUGCCUCCACUUCAUUAUCUUUCGAGAACCAAUUCUUGAGGAUUUCUUAUGAACAACUCCUGAGAGCGACUAACAGAUUCUCCAAGACCAAUUUGAUUGGUAAAGGGAGAUAUGGCACAGUUUAUAAGGGGAUUCUUGAUGGAGGUGCCAUGGUGGCGACGAAGGUGCUCAAUCUAAUGCAAAGAGGUGCUUCGAGGAGCUUUAUCUCCGAAUGUCGAACUCUAGGAACCAUUAGACACCGAAACCUCGUGAAGAUACUAAGUGUCUGUUCGGCGUGGACUUUUGUGGCAAUGACUUCAAAGCUCUAA